GUGACAUCGCUGCAAAUUCAGAAAAUUAAGUAUCGAAGAGUCACUGUGCAUCGUGAUCUGUGAUCUACAUUGUGAUCUUCACAGAUUUUCACCGUUCUUUGGUUUGUGAAAUUUUGUUAAUUUUUUUUAUUCGCGUUCUCCCUCCUCCCCUGUAGCCGGUGAGUCGUCCCACUGCAGCUGGUGCGUCUGCCCCUGCAGCCCACCGUCUGCCCCUGCAGCCCACCGUCUGCUCCUGCAGCCCACCGUCUGCUCCUGCAGCCCACCGUCUGCUCCUGCAGCCCACCGUCUGCUCCUGCAGCCCACCGUCUGCUCCUGCAGCCCACCGUCUGCUCCUGCAGCCCACCGUCUGCUCCUGCAGCCCACCGUCUGCUCCUGCAGCCCACCGUCUGCUCCUGCAGCCCACCGUCUGCUCCUGCAGCCCACCGUCUGCUCCUGCAGCCCACCGUCCGCCCCUGCAGCCUACCGCUUGCCUCUGCAACCCGUGCGUAGUCUCUUGCGUCUUUCGUUGCUUCCUGGAUUUUGCGGACAAUGGCUGCAAACGGAGCCAACGGAAACCCCGGUCAGGCGGGCGACCAAGGACCUGAAGAACCCGGCCAGAAUCUUGGGCUUCUAAUGGAUACUGAUCUGGCCUACGCGUAAUUCAUCUUGGUAAUUUGCGCACCGAGAGCGACUACUACAUUUCCUGCGCUGAGCGAGGGGAAAAUACUGUUGCCGGCAUCCACUUUGACACAUUUUCCAGUCUCGUCGUAAGCUUAUCUGCUUACUGCAUCCCUCUGCCUAUAUCCACUUGCUGGACCGUUCAUCAUCGUUUAACUUGGCCUGCCUUUGAGUGCAACAUUGUAAUAAUAAAAAUUACGAUGUCCCAAAAAUGCCGAUACGCCGACCCACAGGCACCCGUCCCGUUCUUCCUGUACCAGCAGGCAAACGACGCCUUGGCGGAGCUGCAGGCCCAGCAUCAGCAGCUGCAGAAUCAGCACCAUCAGCUGCAGACCCAUAAUCAGCAAACGCAGGCCGAGAAUCAGCAUUUGCGGACCGAAAAUCAGCAGCUCAUGGCCGAGAAUCAGGAGUUGCGGGAUGAUAUCGCGGUGCUUCGGCAAGUCAACGAGGAUCAGAAGGAAGAGAUCCACGAACUCCAGAAGGAGGUCGCCAAACUGGAGACGACCGUCGCCAACCUGGAGGCUUCCAACGCCAAACUGGAGACGACCGUCGCCAACCUGGAGGCUUCCAACGCCAAACUGGAGACGACCGUCGCCAACCUGGAGGCUUCCAACGCCAAACUGGAGGCUACUGUCGCCAAGCUAGAGACUUCCAACGCCAAUCUGGAGCGGGAUUUGGCCAACCUGCGAGCUGCAACAACGACAGAAUUGGUGAUCCGUAAUCCCCGUCCAGCGGCGGGUCAGUAUGUGCCGCGGCUAGCCGCCUUCAUCCAUGACGGGCCGUCUCCGGAGGUUCUGUUGGGGCUGCUUAUGUUCUGUGUCUGGCUGUGGCGCAGAAGUUGAAGUGGGAUUUGUUUCGGUGAUGUCGUGGUGGUGUGAUAACAAAACUCGUGCAGUUGCAUUGUUGUGGGUUCUGGUACAUUUAGUUAGUACAUUUACCUAGUUUGGCUCGGUAUUCCGCUAAUACUCCGUGGAAGUAAGCGAGAGUUUAUGUGUGCUGCGCACGGUCUCGAUGGCGUAUUUCCACUCUACCGGCUGCGUAUGGUUGGUCAUCGAGCGCGUUGUCGCUAUCAUCGAGAGCGCCUCUACACAGCAGAUUACUGUAGUUUGUAGG